AUGAUGAAGGUUCAGGACUACCAUUUGGAUCAGUUCAAGGAUCAAGCAGAUAAAGCAAAGAGUCGUGAGAAGGAAUUCCCACCAGCACCGACACCACCACCGCCUCUACCUAUGGAUCUGGGUCGAAAACCAUCUCACGAACCCGAUCGGGCGGCUCUCAAAGGAGAACGUGGAGAACCGGGUCCACCAGGGGUGUGCCUGCAACAAUGCCGUGAUGGUAUGCCAGGGCCUCCAGGACCUAUUGGACCACAAGGGCCUCAAGGAGUGGAAGGUCAGUCGUUAAAUCACAAUUUUAUUCUUCUACUA